CGACAAUUUCUGUAGAACAAUGACCGAUACGAUAACAUAACUCCAAAUGUUGGUCAGAUUUUUAAAAUGACGCUUUUGCAUAUUGGUCCUGCAUUUCUAUUGCUGUUUGGUGGUCUGCAUCAAGUAACGACUUCGGGAAGCUGCGAAAGUACAAUUUUGGAGAAAUUAAACCACGAACUGAACAGCUCGUCUUCUCCUACAUAUCACGUCACAGCAAAGGAUGUUUUAAAAACCUUCUUCUUAAGAAUCAAUGGACAAUAUAGAUUUAAUGCAACAAAAGAACGCAGAUGUAAGGACAAGCAAAUAACUUUUGAGCAGUUUAUAGACAGAACAAGCAGACAUCUGAGUAAGCGUACUGUAUGUGGAAGCUCCUACUUCAGGAUCAGCGUGGCAGCCCUCGCCAUUUUUCUUCACUUAGACAGGUAUGUCUGCGGGGAACAUAACGAACCUUACCAGAGAUAUCUAGACCAAAUCACCCACCCGGAUCUUCUGCGCUUCCUCAGCUUUCAUACCCGUCACAGCAGGAACAGGACGAUAUCCUCUAAUAGGCAGUGUCUAAAUUAUGUCAGACUGCAAAGAAUGUUAAGUAUGAUUCGAGAGGAACAACAACAUUUUCAACAUCAACAUUCCAAACGCUUCUUGUCAUCAGAGAGUCCAACUUCUAAUGGGAUUAAAGAAAAACAGGACAUGUUUUUCACGCAUUUAUCAAAUGUGACGUCAUACUCAGGCAACAUUACUACACUGAAUACUACAGAAUCUCCAUUGAUGUCAACCUUUGAUUUGUACCACAACAACACAGACAUCCAUUGCUUCCUUGCACAUUCGAAUUCCCACGUAGUCUGUUUUGGCUUUAAUUCAAAUUAUAUACUCACAUCUUUUCACUGUUCGAGACUGAGGAAGUCAGACCUGUAUAAUUGUGUGAAGUACAGACGAAAUGCUCGAAUCAAACUCGACAAUGAAACCUUGACUCUUGUUUUGUUUUCUAAAUUAAACACUGAAAACUACGACGACUUGAUCUCAAAGUUGAAUUUAGCGUUUCCGUUAGAAUCCCUUCCAUGGGUAAUAAAAUAUCAGACUUAUAAACCCCUCCGACUACAGAUAAAUCAAACUCUCACGAUUGCUGAAAAGCUUGAAAUUCCAGACACUAUUUCAAUACAGAACAUGGCAAAUGAUCUACCCAAGGUCAUGCCCACUGCAAAAGGUCGCCACCAGCACAAAGAAAGUAAAAAUAGUACGCUACCUCAAACAGACGGCAAGGCGAAAAAGCCCAAUCAGCAUGAAAGUCAUAAUCACGUGACACAAGAAGAAGCCCGAGCGGGUCUUUUAGUAUUUGCAGUCAUUAAAGAGUAUUUGCUACAGCCGAGUGAUUUACCCUGUCCGUCAGAUGUGCUUCACCAGCUUUAUUCCUACUUCAAAAACCCCAAUUCCCAGUAUCUCACAUUUAAUGAUUUGCAGAAGAAAUUCCAGAAUUUUUUGGAUGGUACCUCUGUGUCAAAGCCACAUCAAACUCAUUCUCACCAAAAAAGAUCUCUUACUAAGGAUGCAUUACAACAAUUAAGCUUAAAGGAAAGCAAACAUCAAAACACAAAAUACGACCAUUAUCCAUCACAGAAUGAACAGGAUCUCCACACCAGAAGUGGACACCAGUUUGAGCAUCAUCACCACUAUUCCAACCCUAUCCCUGGGCAUGGGCAUCAUGAAAAUCCGCUUACCGGACAUGGAAAUCAGCAACCAUCACGUGCUCAUAGUAACCUUUGUUCCCGUCUUUUCUCUUUCGAGCACAAUGAAAGAAAUGAUCAUCAUGGAGAAAGUAUAAACAAGAUAAACUGGACGAUAUCUUAUGUGAUUCACGUUAUUUAUAAUUAUUGGGACACUACUGUAGAAUUUAUAAUUUAUUGGGACACCCUAACCUCUGUGACUUCUAUCUAUUUUGGUGGGAAACGAACAACAAUCGGUCUACAAGACUUACAUGAAAUGGCGCCUGCUCUUUUACUAUUGCUGACGCAUGGUAAUGAAGAAGCCGUUUCAACUCACUCUGAAGUGACAUACAUGCAAAGUUACGGUCUCGGGACUCUCUGUGUUGUAUUCUUGAGCCUCGCCUCGGUUCUGGGAGCUAUAUUUAUUAAGAUCACAGGGACCAAGAAGAAGGCGUACCUUCUGUCCUUUCUCCUGUCUCUCUCCGUGGGGUGCUUGCUGGGGGACGCCAUUCUUCACCUGGUCCCAUCUGUAUUGGGGAAACACGACCAUGACAACCUUGGGAAACUCAUUAUCCUCAUAGCUACAAUGUACGCGUUCUUCCUGAUACAAAUGAUUGUCAGUCUGUUCCACAGGAAUCAUGAUCAUUCUCAGAUAUUUAUGAAAGAAAGUCAGAAAUCGCAAGAGAUUCAUGUGUCUAAGAAUGAAAUAAUGGAACUUGAAAAUAAGGCAAGAAAGAAUGACGCCGUGCUUAACAACACCCCAAGGGAGGAUAAUCCGAUGGAGCGACAAGAGUCUAACGAGAGUCAGAAGGACCUGACGAUAGAAGAAUGUCCAUCAGAGUCCAACGUCUCCACGUACGACAAAGACAUCAUUCCCGCCGUGUGGAUGGUAAUCAUUGGUGACUGUGUACAUAACUUUGCUGACGGUCUCGCCAUUGGCGCCACGUUCACCCAGAGUUUAACAGAGGGAUUGUCCACGGCAAUAGCAGUGCUCUGUCAUGAGGUUCCACACGAGUUAGGUGAUUUCGCCAUCUUGCUCGCCGCUGGCUUCACAGUGAAGAGAGCCAUUGUGGUUAAUCUUCUCUCCAGCAUCACCGCCUUCGUUGGACUCUUCAUAGGAAUCUCCGUGGGCGCGGAGUUCAAGAUCUGGAUCAUUGCUGCUGGGGCCGGCAUGUUUCUAUACAUUUCUCUGGGAACGAUGAUUCCAGAGCUGGUCCGUAUAUUCAGAAACAAUCCAUGUAAAGAAAUGUUCUUUUCCUUGAAUGCGGGCUAUAUUUUUGGAGUGGUGGGAAUGUUGUUGUUGGCAAUUUACGAAGAGGGAAUAAAAAUUACGUAA